GUCACUACCCUGAAUUCCGCCCUUCAAUUCCUCGUCACCAUGUCUCAUUGCGAGCGGGCAUCAAAGCCUCUGCUCCAAUGUCUACGGUCGACAUAUAUACGACCUCUUCCAGGCUUCCAACUACAGCCUGCCCGCGCCUUUCAAUCGACCGCGUUCGUCCGCGAUGGAGCCCAGACCGAGGCGAAGAGUGAAUCGUUCUACAAAUCGCCUGACCCAGCUCUUGUUUCGAGUCCCCGGCUGGAGAGGAGAUUAAUGAGAAAAGGUAUUGCGCCUAUUGGAUCCCGUCGACGCCGUGCCGCCUUGCAAGAUUCUGCGAACAUCCCCUUUGAGCAGCUACCGUACCAAUGCUUCCAGGAAGCAAGGAAGGUCCUUCUUGCGGACCGGGAGGAAAAGCUCAAGGAUAUUGAGGCUACGAGGAAUAAAAUUGCAAGACUUCAAUCGCUUAGUGCGGCGGAAGCUGGGGGCGAACAGUCGAAAAAGUCACGUCUGGGGGCGUACGAGCAGCAUCUGGAGCACCUGAAGAUCCUUGCCGACAUCAAUGAUCCAUUAGUGAAGAAGAGAUUCGAAGAUGGACAAGGGGACAUGAGCAAGCCUAUCUACCGUUAUUUGGCCGAUCAGAAGUGGAGGGAAUACCGACGCAAGAUCCUUGUCCAGAGAAUUACACAAAUGAAUGUCAUCCCCGAUGUCCUUCCUCACUGUGAUCCUGUCGUGGAUGCAACACUUCACUUUGGUAGACGUACCGUGCAACCUGGGGAAUUCGUCACCUCGCUCACCAGCAUGAAUCCUCCCAAGCUUAACGUCCAGAUGUUUGAGCGCGGAGAGAAACUCGUGACCAUUGCAGUCGUUGACCCGGAUGUUCCCAAUGUCGAAAAGGACAGCUUCGACUACAAGAUGCACUAUCUAGCAGUCAACAUCCCCCUCUCCGCUACCUCUCCCAAGAUCGAUCUCUCAGCGCUUUCACCGGAGUCUCAGGUUGUCCUCCCUUGGCUCCCUCCUAUUGCGCAGAUGGGAAGCCCAUAUCACAGGCUUUCCAUCUUCAUUCUGGAACAGAAGGAUUCGAAACCGCUGGAUUACGCCGCUGUCAAGGCAAAGGAGACUGAUCGAGACAACAUGCUUCUGCGCACCCUGCAGGCCAGAUACCACCUCAAGCCCAUUGGGGCUCACCUGUUCAGAACCAAGUGGGAUGAGACGAUGGAGCAGGUCAUGAAGGAAAUCAACUUCGAAGGCGCGGACCUGGAACUUCGCCGGAAGAGAGUUCAGCCUCUUCCUUACAAGAGGAGAAAUCCUGCCACUAUGAGGUGAUUUCUCUCUGGCUUUUUUUAAUUUCGCCCGUUUCAAGCACAGAUCUUUUUGGAAUAAAUAUGUACUGUACAAGAGAAAUGUAUGAAUAUGC